AUGUUUUCAUCAAAUAGACCAAAGUUCUCCUUUGAUCUUACCAUAAAUGAAUUAUCCAAUAUACCUCAAGUCAAUGGAUCUUGUUUCAUCCAAUUAUCCAUCAGAGAUGGUAAAAAUCAUAAACUUCUGGAUAAAUUAACUCCUCAUCACCAUCAUCAUCAUAACUCUAAUGUAUCAUCCAAAGAUUCAAAAUCAUCAACUCAUAUGCAACCAAAUGAUUCAACUUCAACAUCGUUAUCAUUGAAUUUAGCUAAAUUAAAAUCAGGAAGUAAUAAUGGCAUUGGAAAUAAUAAUAAUACCAGUAGUUCAUCAAAUCAUAUUUCAACUACCACUUCAAGAAAGAGAAUUCAUAAUUUUAAAUGUACUUUUAAUUAUAAUUUAACUUGUAAUUUGAAAUUCCCCUUAAAGAAGAAUGAAAAUUUAAUUGGUAAUAAAUAUUUACUGUUAAGAGUAUAUUAUGUUACUGAAAAAUCAACUCAUCGUCGUAAAGUAAGUGACAAUAAUCAAUCUAAAAAUAAUCCCACCAAUGGUAAUGAAGAUUCUUCAAAAUCAUCUCAUGAUGAUAAUGAAACCGUGAUUGAUUUAGGUAGAGUUGAUGUUAAUUUAUCUGAAUAUUUGAAUUUCAAUGAACAAAUCACUUCAAAAUAUCUUUUAAAAGAAUCAAAAGUAAAUUCAAUCUUAAGUUUAAGUAUAUCUUUAUCUGAAUUACCAUCAAAUUAUGAUUUCCAUACUCAAUUACAAAUCAAUGAUAAUCAAUCUCAUUCAACUCUUUCAACAGCACCAACCAAUUCAGUAUCAAGAGGUAAUACUGAUUCAUCACUUGGUAAAUCUUCUACUUCAAACCUUACCAAUAGUGAUGGAAAUAAUGGAACUCAUACUUCAAAUUCUGGUUUCAAUGUCCCUCAAUUUGAACGGAAAAAUGUAUUUGGAGGUAUAAACAAUGUUUUCUCUGAUAAUCAUAAUAAUUCAUCACAUAGUAAUUUAUCAUCCGCAUCGGAAGAAGAUUCAUCUCCACCACCAUCAACAUCAGGAAUAUCAAACACAACCGCUACAUCCUCAUCAUCCAACUCACAUGCCUUCUUAGGGAAAUUAAAACGGAAUAAUAGUCAUUCUAAAAAAUCCCAUCCUCUGAAUAAUACAAGUAAUUCAACUACUACAUCAGGUAAGAAUGAUUCUCUUCAACAGAAAUCAAGUGUGAUAAUGGAUCCAUUAAUCAAUGGAUUAUAUUCUAAAAUCUUGGAGAAUACGUGGGAUCCUGAAUUAUAUCAUUUAUUAAGUUAUAGUCCUGAAAAAUGUAUUAAUGAUAUAUUCGAUAAUCCGAAAAAUCCAUUAGGUUAUAAUCCCGAUUUGAUGCCUUUGAAAGAUGGUAAGAGUGGUUCAACUACGGAUGAGAAUGGUGAUGAUGAUGGUGAUGAUGAAGGGUUUAGAGAAAUUAAUGGGUUAAUUAAUGAAAUCAAAUUUAGAGAUGAUUUAAAGAGUUGGAAUAUUAAAGUUUAA